AUGGCAGCGGAGUCGCUCGCGAGCUUGGCAAGAACUCCGGGCGACGUGGCCCUCGUCGCGUUUCACGUGUGCCUGGCCACCCUCGCGACGGCCAGCAACCUCGCACUGAUCGUCACCCUCCUGUCGGCGCGCACGCUCCUCCGAAAGAACAACUACAUCUACACGUUCAGCAUCGCCCUGAGCGAUCUCCUCGUCGGCGCGGGCUGGUUCUACAACGGGCUCUACAACGUGCACGAAGGGCUCGGGUUGGCGUACCACGCCGAGACGCUCUUUCCGAUGUUCCACGGUACGUCGCUGCUCACCCUCCUGGCCGCGAUGGUCGAUCGCUACUACGCGGUGCAGUCUCCGUUCAGGUACGCGCAGAAGAUGACGAACCUCAAGGUGGCGAUCAUCAUCUCCGUCGCGUGGCUCUACCCGAUCUUGACCAACGUGGGCAUGUCGAUGAACCCGGGCGGCGGGAGUCUCACGUACAACGGCUACACCACGAUGAUAUUCAACAUCCUCAUCCUCGUCGUGAUGCUCUUCCUCAACGUCCGCCUCUACGUGGUCACUCGGCGGCAGGUGCGGAGGACGCCGUUGUCCAACGACCGCUCGGCCAACGUCAUGAUCGUCGCCUCGGGGCUCUUCAUCCUCCUGUGGUCACCCAACAUGGUCCACUCGAGCAUCUGCAAGGCGUUCGGCGCGUGCCUGAGGUUCGUCAACAACGCCUCGAACCCCUUCAUCACCACGCGGAUGGUCAACACCCUCGUCACCCCGAUGGUGUUCCUGAUGGGGAGUCCCGCCACGAGGGCCGCCUUCAAAGAGCUGACGCAUCGCCUGGGCAGGAAAAGAACUGUGAAGCCACUGCCCACGUUGAAUGAUCCAUAACCAAACAACAACUAAACACGUGUAAAAGACAAAACAAAAACAAUACUGCAAUAGCAUUUCACAGGACACAACACACAAACGUAAAUAUAUCAUAUCAUAAAUGUUGCCUUUAUAAACAUUAUAGUUGCAAAUGGUAGGGAAAAUAGCAGAGGGUCGGAACAAAAUAUGAUAGCUCUACAAGUUUGAAUCGUUCACACGUCUAUUUACCGAUAUCGGUUUAGAUUGUUUAUAAACGCUGCCGAAAAUCAUUUAGAAAAUCUGAGUCAAGCAUCUGUUCAGCCAGUGAUGGAAAACUUGAAUAUAUCCAUAGAAACUCCUGCACGUUUGUGUGCACUGAAUAUUGCAUUGAUGUUGAAUUGGACAAUAUUGUUAUGAUUUGAAGGUAUGAACGAACUUGCUUUCAAAAAAAGCAAUUGUUGCUUAUAAUGCUUAAAGGUAUGUGUUACA